AUGGUAAAUGAGGAACUCUGGAAUGAGGCGCACACGUAUGGUGACAUCCAGGUGUUGCCUUUUGUUGAUUACUACAGCCUGAUAACAUGGAAGACACUCGCAAUAUGCAUUUAUGGGACCAGUGCACUAUCAGCCAAGUAUCUGAUGAAAACAGAUGAUGAUGCUUUUGUCCGUGUAGAUGAGAUCCAAUCCACAGUAAAACAGCUUAAUGUCAGCCAUGGGCUACUUUAUGGUCGCAUAAAUUCUGAUUCCGGUCCCCACAGAAAUCCUGAAAGCAAAUGGUACAUAAGCGAAGAGGAAUGGCCUGAAGAGAAAUACCCACCAUGGGCUCAUGGACCAGGAUAUGUAGUUUCACAAGACAUUGCAAGGGCAAUCAACAAUUGGUAUAGAGCAAGUCGUUUAAAGAUGUUCAAACUAGAGGAUGUAGCAAUGGGCAUAUGGGUAAAUGAUGUGAAGAAAGAUGGAUUACCAGUCAAAUACGAAACAGACAAGAGAAUUAACAUUGACGGCUGCAAUGAUGGGUACGUUGUUGCUCACUACCAAGAACCAAGACAUCUGCUAUGCAUGUGGGAGAAGCUCCUAACGACACAACAAGCAGAAUGCUGCAGUACCAAGUAUUGGAGAAGGAACUUAAAUGCUUAG